AUGGCCAACGAAGAACGGGAACAACAUCUGGCCUGCCCGUUCUGCUCCUUCGGCAGCAAUGAUCUCGCCUCCCUCGAAAGCCACGUGCAACGUCUCCAUGGCAGCCAACAGCCUGACGGUCAGCAGCCUUACAAUGCCGCAUCUCAACUGAGUGAUGCCGAGUUGGCUCAACUUCUCGCUUUUGAGGAAGCAGGCUUGCCUGCCGAAUUAGCCCUACCAGACCGUCCAACUGUUCCUGCCCGGGAUGAGAAUCAGCCGCCGGAAAGUGCAACGAAUAUAGCACCGCCUCCUACAUCUUCGCGCGUUGGAAAGGAGCAAUCAUGGGUGCAAUGUGCCUGUGGCGAACGCGUACCUUUUCUCGAGCUCGAUGCCCAUUCCGACAUGCACGCUCAGGAGAAUAUUUCCGUGGAUGAGGUCGAGAUCUCUAGCAAAGAUGACGAGCUUUCGACAGUCCGAUCCACCGCCCAACGUCCGUUAGCUAAUUCCUCCGGCUCAUUUAGCACUCACAUCCCAAGAUCCCUGCGCAACUAUGACCAAAUACAGGACAGACCGCCUCCUCUUCGUAGCGAAAAGAGACGCGGUCCUUCUCUCAAAAAUAUGUUCUGGGGCACUCGCGCAUCUCCUAAGAGGAAAUCCGCCGGCCCGGCCGUCUCUACAGAGAUUGGAAAGACAAAACAGCUAGGAAAGUCGGAAUUAGGCCCCUAUGCACACGAGAAGCAAAUGCCGGGCUGGUUGCGCCGAAUGCUCGAAGCGGGUGCCAAAGUCACUGUCACUCAGAGAAUCGGCCCCGACGGCAGAUUGGUCAAGGUCGAAACCGUUGCCAACGAGACACCUCACCUGGUACCUGUCCUCGCUCGGCUAUCUCAGAUAGACAGAACGGUCGAGCGUGCAUUCUAUUGCAGCCCUGAAGUUGUCCACGUGUGCAAGAUGUCAUUCGAGGGUGGCUUCUGUGGCUAUCGCAAUAUCCAGAUGUUGCUGUCCUACAUUCAAGGUACAGAGGCUCAUGGCUCAGAGAACUUCCGGGGAAGACUGCCGUCCAUACUGAAACUCCAGGAUAUGAUUGAAAAUGCUUGGGACCUGGGCUUCGGCUCUUCCGGGCGUGUGGAAACCGGCGGAAUCAAAUUCACCCGAAAAUUCAUUGGCACACCGGAGGCACUGGCAUUGUUUUCGAGUCUUGAUAUUGCCUGCGAGGCAACGGCAUACUACGCCAGAAAAGAGAUUGAGGCAUUCGAGACAAUGCUUUGUGCGGUCUGCGACUAUUUUGACGACGACUCGACCCAAGACAACAUGGACAAAGUUGUUAUCACGGACAAGCCACCGAUCUACUUUCAGCAUCAUGGCCAUUCCAUGACCAUUGUGGGGGUCGAGCAAAGGUUGAGUGGCGCUGUCAACUUGGUGGUUUUUGAUCCCAUGUUCAACCCCAGCCCUGCGCUCAAGAAACUUGCGUUUUCGCGUCGCACUUCGUUCGCGUGUGCCCGUCCUGGAAAGGUUUUGGAAGCUCACCGGAGAGACGAGAAAUACUUGAAAAGUUACAAAGUCUUUGAGUUAUUAACGUUGAAAACUAGGCAGUCCUAG